GAAAGCAAUCUUUUAUUCUUUUAUUCUUUUUCUUUCCGUUUUCUGUGCGUGUGUAUGAUAUCGGUGCAGGUUCACGAUAUCUAAAUAACCAAUAAUUGAAUAUUUUGACACCGUCUGUCUUUCUUGUAUCCACAUUGGUUGAACUCGCAUCACUCAGUGAGAGCCGUCAUCAUGAAGCCAGUUUUUUUUGCCAAUACACUGUAUCUCCUCUUGCCUGUGCUGGCUAGUGCAGUGCCAGUCCUAAUUACAGGACGAGAUGUCCAUUCGGAGGGCACUAACAUCACGGCCCAGCAAAUCAUAGCCAUUGCACCAAGUUCCGCGCAAUCCUGCGCAAAUCGCGCUGAUAAGAAUGCUCCUACUGAGUGCGCCGAUGCGGAACAAGUGGCCACGAAUAUUGCCAAGUCGUUUGACAAGUACCAGGUCACAAGCCCUGCUGAGCAGGCGGCCGUGAUUAGUUUGAUGGCUUUGGAGAGCGUAGAAUUCCUAUAUAAUAGGAACAAGAGUCCUGGCGUACCAGGACAAGGAACUCGGAACAUGCAAUCACCGGCUUUCAACUCCAAAUAUGCAGAGUCACUUAAUGUGGCAGUUUCCACCGAUGCGGCUCAAACCCUUGACAAGUUGGUUGACAAUCCGGAGUGGGAUUUUGGCUCUGGAGCCUGGUUCCUGACCACGCAAUGCACGGCAGAUGUGCGCAGUGCGUUGCAUGCCGGCUCAGAGGCGGGUUGGGAGCGCUAUAUCACCGAGUGUGUGCAGACUCAGGUUACUGAUAAGCGGAAAGAAUACUGGCAGAAAGCAGUGAAAGCGCUGGGUGUCCAGUCCUCUUGAGUUCGAUUGAUCGGGAUUCUGAAUACUGCACUGCUGGACAGUGGAUUUGGACGUUUCUGUACUCAUAGCCAUCCCACACUUCCAAUCGUCAUGCUUUUCUUUCGCCCAUGGUUGUUACUUGAUAGGAGUCAUUAUUCAUGAUCGUCAAUUGA